GCCUCCCGGCCGCGGCCGCCUCCCCGGGGGCGGCGGGAGGAAGGCCGGGGCGUGGGGCUCCGGCGGUCGGCGCCCAGGGCGAGCCCAAGAUGGCUGGAGGCGGCGGCGGCCGGGGCAGGCGCGGGGGGCUCUGCUGAGCGGCCCCACCGGGACGGGACGGCUUGGCUCGCCGCAGCCCCUCCGCAGAGCCCCGCCGCGCGGGCGGGGGAGGCGGCGGGAGCGGUUUUGUUCCGGUGACUUUUAUUUCAAAAUUUUUUGUUUAAUAUAUUUUUUUUUUUUUAAAAAAAAAAACAUUUUUUUUUUUUUUUUUAAUUCUGUUUUAUUUUUCAUGCGCCUCCGGUCUCCGUUCUCCAGCAGGGCAGCUCAAAAUGGCUGAGAGCUGACUCGGCUCUCCCGGAACCGCACGCUUCGGCCGGCUCCUCCCGGCUGCCGCCGCCGCCUCGCCCCUUCCUGGCGGGGCCGGACCGGGGACGCCGCGCCGGGGGAAGGCGGCUCCGACACCCGUCCCUCCCCGGGACCCCCGGCUCCAUCGCAUUGUUGCCGUCGGGGGCUGCGUCCCCCCGGCCAGCCAUGAGACCGGGCUAGGUCGGACCCCCCACGCCCCGGACGCCUUUUUUCCCCCCUCAGCCCCGGUGGGAAGUCAGAGCAGGUUGAUUUGGGGGGCGCGGGGCUUAGGUGCCCCCCCCAGCAAAGCCCAUCCUCUCUCCCAUCCCUCUCCGGGAGCCUUGGACGAGGCUGGGAGGGCUGCGCUGGGCUGGGGUUUGCUCUGAAUGACCGAGCUCUCCCAUUCAAGACCUCGCAAUCUCGAAGCAGGCGAGAGGGUUUUUUUUUUUUUCUUCUCCUUUUUUUUUUUUUUUUUUUUCCUGUCUUGUCUUUUUUUUUUUUUUUUUUCCUCUUCCGUUUUUUUUCUCUGCUGCUCCACCGGGUUAGAAGCAAAUCUCGGGGGCCGCGGAGAGAAUUCGUUUUUUCGCCAUCGUCAUCGUCGCUAUUAUUAUUAUUUUUUUUAAGCUUCCUCCUUUUCCCAUUUUGGAUCUUAACCCUUUGAUCUGUUUCCUUUAAAAGACUCUGAUUCCCAACUCCCAUCAGGGGGAGAGGGAGGAGAAAUACAGGGGAGAAAAAAAAAAAAAAAAAAAAAAACAACCAACAAACGAGCGAGUCGGUGCUCUCAGCUGUUAGCCAGGUUGGUGGGGGACAAAAGUCCCUUUAAAAUAUUGAAUGUCAGUUGCAAACCUAAGAAAAGAAAAAUCCGAUCCGGAGCGCUAAAUUUAGGAGCUUUAUAUGGAACUUGGACUGUGCUGCUGGAUUUUGUAUGGAUUUUUUUCAACCUUUGGGAGGACAGACCCCGGCGUCCGCCCCUAGACCAAACUGAGCGACCGAAACGGGUUGGGGCGGGGGGCAAAACGUCGCCAGAGGCUGCCGGCAGAGAUGGCCGAGAAUUGGAAGAACUGCUUCGAAGAGGAGCUCAUCUGCCCCAUUUGCCUGCACGUCUUCGUGGAGCCCGUCCAGCUGCCCUGCAAGCACAACUUCUGCCGGGGCUGCAUCGGGGAGGCGUGGGCCAAGGAGUCGGGCUUGGUGCGGUGCCCGGAGUGCAACCAGGCCUACAACCAGAAGCCCAACCUGGAGAAGAACCUGAAGCUCACCAACAUCGUGGAGAAGUUCAACUCCCUCAACCUGGAGAAGCCCCCCUCCGUCUUGCACUGCGUCUUUUGCCGUCGGGGCCCUCCACUGCCGGCCCAGAAGAUCUGCUUGAGGUGCGAGGCCCCGUGUUGCCAGUCCCACGUCCAGACCCACCUGCAGCAGCCCUCCACGGCCAGGGGCCAUCUCCUGGUGGAGGCGGAAGACGUGCGGGCCUGGAGCUGCCCCCAGCACAACGCCUACCGCCUGUACCACUGCGAGGCCGAGCAGGUGGCCGUCUGCCAGUUCUGCUGCUACUACAGCGGGGCCCACCAGGGACACUCGGUCUGCGACGUGGAGAUCCGCCGCAAUGAGAUCAGGAAGAUGCUGAUGAAGCAGCAGGACCGCCUGGAGGAACGGGAGCAAGACAUCGAAGAGCAGCUCUACAAGCUGGAAUCGGACAAGCGGCUGGUUGAGGAGAAGGUGAGCCAGCUGAAGGACGAGGUGCGCCUGCAAUACGAGAAGAUGCACCAGAUCUUGGAUGAGGACUUGCGGAAGACCAUGGAGAUCCUGGACAAGGCCCAGGCCAAGUUCUGCAAUGAGAACGCAGCCCAGGUCCUCCACCUCAAUGAGCGCAUGCAGGAGGCCAAGAAGCUCCUCAGCUCUGUCCAGGUCAUGUUUGACAAAACUGAGGACAUCAACUUCAUGAAGAACACCAAGUCUGUGAAAAUCUUAAUGGACAGGACCCAGAACUGUACAGGUGGCAGCCUGCCCCCACCCAAAAUCGGCCACCUCAACUCCAAGCUCUUCCUGAACGAGAUCGCCAAGAAGGAGAAGCAGCUCAGGAAGUUGCUGGAAGGUCCUCUGAGCACCCCCGUCCCCUUCCUGCAGAGCAUCCCCAUGUACCCCUGCACCGUCAGCAACUCCGGCGCGGAGAAGCGCAAGCACUCCACCGCCUUCCCCGAGGGCAGCUUCCUCGAGCCAUCGUCCGGGACUGUGGCGAGCCAGUACAUGAGCCAGGGCGCUUCGGCCGGCGAGGGGCAGUCCGCACAAGCCAUGGUGCCUUGUAGCUCCACGCAGCACAUAGUUGGACUUCCCAGCGGCCCGCAGCCGGUGCACUCGGGCUCCGUCUUCAACCCAUCUCACUACCCCAACACCACGUCAUCUCAGCAGUCCGUGCUCUCCCAGUACGGCGGGCGCAAAAUCCUCGUCUGCUCCGUGGAUAACUGUUACUGUUCCUCCGUGUCCAACCACAGCGGGCACCAGCCCUACCCGCGGUCGGGGCACUUCCCCUGGACGGUCUCCUCGCAGGAGUACUCGCACCCGCUGCCGCCCGCCCCCGCCGUCCCCCAGUCGCUCCCGGGACUUGCCGUGAGGGAAUGGAUUGACGCAUCCCAGCAGCACGGGCGGCAGGAUUUCUAUAGAGUCUACGGCCAGCCAUCGGCGAAACACUACGUCACCAGUUAACCGUCACACUCUCCGGAGAGUCCCGCUCUUUGACGCGUUUGGAGAGAAAAGUCUGGUUUGGUUUGGCUUCUUUUUUUUUUUUUUUUUCCCCCCCCUUUUAAAUCAAACCCAAUUUUUUCCCCACCUCACACCCCUCCAGGAUUUUGGGGAGGGUUGUUCUCUCAUAUCUCUCUUUUUUUUUUUUUUUUUUUUUUAAAUCCUUUUAAAACAAAAUAAUUUUUUUUUUCCUUUUAAUUCUUUUUUUUUUUUUUUUUUUUAAUUUAAUUUUGGAAAGUCCUUCCUGCCCCUCGCUGGGAAAAGACGAGGGAGAAAAUACCGAGAAGAAAUUGAUGGGGAUUUCAGUCGGGCGUCUGGGUCUGUGCGUCGCGCUCUUCCUUGCUCCUCUCUGCCUUUGGAAAACUUCAGAAGGGACAAUGGCACCUUCGCUCUUUCCAUUUCUCCGAGUUCAUUUUUUCUGGUUUGGUUCAGUUUUUUCCCUUUCCCCACCCCUCUCUUUCCCUUUUUAAAAAGAAAAAAAGAAAAAAAUCUAUCAUUGAUUCAGUAUGAAAAGAUACUUGUAGAUUUUGGGUUUGUUACCUUUUUUUUUUUUAAGGCUGAUAUUUUUUUGUGUUACGAGGCCACUUCUCAUGCAUAUUGGCAUUUUUUUUUCCUUCUUUCAGAGAUUUGUAAAUACACAAUGGCAGGAAAUUUAAUGCACAAAAAAAAAAAAGGGAAAAGAAACUUUAAAAAAAAAAAAAAACACGAAUAAAUAAAUAAAAAAAAAUCUGUUCUAGUUUUCAGGAGGGGAAGCGUGGCCGAAAUGCACCCCCCUCCUGCGUAUCGCUGAUGCAACUUCCUGUAACAAGCACUUUGUAUAAAAAAAAAAGUGGACUUCCUGCUAUAAGGCACAGGUAUUUAUUCUGUAACCGAUUUUAGAACACACACACACACACACAAAAAAUAUUCAAAUAAAUGUGAUCACUUAGUGCAAA